AUGUUCUUCAACAACAAUAAUGGUAGUAAUAACAAUAAUGAGGAUAAGAACAACCUAUUCGGGAAGAGCAACGCGCUUAAUAACAAUGGACAGAAUGCAAACGCAACGAACAUGUGGAGCAUGCCCAACAACAAUUUGGGAAACUCCAACUUUUUUGGUAACAACCUAGCAGGUCAGAAUGCGUUAAACCAAAGCAGCACCAAUAACAAUAUGAAUAACAUGGGUAGUAGCGGUGGACUCUUCAACAACAGUAUGAGUGGCCAAACAAGUCUACUAAAAAAUAACGGCUUCUUCGGCAGUAACGCCAUGAACAAUCAGGACGGCACGAAUAAAAGCAGUAACCUUUUUGGGAACACACUCAACUCACAGGAUAACAUGAAUAAAGGGAAUUCCCUUUUUUCAAACAAUACCAACGAUUUAAAUAAAAAUAAUAGCCUCUUCGGUAGCGCUACUUCCAGCCCUAAUGCGAACACAUCCACGAACACCUUUAAUCAAAAUUUGUUUAGUGCAGCGAAGAAGGAUGUUUAUCCAGGUUUUACGAGGAGCCUGGUAGGAAAUAACCUGAACAGUGGUGGUUCCAGUAUGUUCAAGCAAAGUACCCUAGGCAGCUCCAUUGCGUUAGGAAGUCAACUAAAUGAUGAUCGUAGCACAGAAGGUGGAGGUUUAUUUUCGAAGGAACAGUUAGAGGCAGCCAAACAGAUAUUUGCCAACUCGUCGAAUGCAAAUUCUUUAGGCGGUUUCGGUAACAACAAACCAAAUAACAACAAUAACAACAGUAACAAAUUAACAUUUAGUGGCGGAUUUUCCUCCAGUGUAAGUCCUUUUGCAAAAAGUAAUAUAAACCCAUUUCAGAGUAUGGCUUUGCAGGCCACUUCACAAGGUGACAAAUCCCCUACUUCACCUAUGCUAAAUAAUAACAACACAACCAAGUCCUUCUUUGCUAGUGCUAACAUGAACAAUAACAAUGAAGGGAAAGUAUCCCCCUUUGGCAUGUCCCCCAUGAGGACCCUCGGAUCAGCAAAUAAAAUGAACACAUUCGACGAUUUUAACAAAGGUAUUAAACCAUUUAAUCAAAAUGAAGGCAGUUUAUUUGGUACGAAAAAUAACGCAAACAACAGCACGUCUCCUCAACUGCUGAACAAUUUUAACAUGUCUUUCAGUUCAUUUUCCAAGACAAAUACAAGUGACAUUUUCAAAUCGACUAACAACACCAGUACAAGUCCUUUUCUAUCGUCGUUCAACAAAACGACCAACAAUGAAAAUCCUUUUACAUCCAAUUCGUUUAAAUCCUCCGGUGAAGUCAAGUCAAGUGAAAAUUCAUUCCUCUUUAACAACUCCAGCAGUAAUCUGACCCAGACGAAUGCCUUUUCAAAUAGCUUUUCCCUCUUUGCGAAUAACCAGAGUGCCAAAGGCACCACAAUGGGGAAUGAAAAUAAAGACACUUCCCCUAGUAACGUUUUAGCAAGUAAACCCGCUGAUGGGUCAGCCAAUAUAAAUAACGUUCCCCAGGAACAAACCAAAGGAGAGAAACCAAGUGACCAGCUUGGAACUACUACACAGAAGGAAGAUCCCCAAAAGGGACAAUCAUGUCAGACGAACCAAAGCGGUUCUGAUAAACCAGCCAAAGCGGAAGAAGAAAAAGUGCAAAAAGAAACGCCCAAAGAGGAAAUACUCCCUGAAGCGAACAAACUGGAUGCAGCAAAAAUAACAACAGAAUCUUUGGAACAGAGCAAAACCCUCUCCACCGAAAAAGACAAUGCACAAAAUGAAAAAAAAAUUACACAGAGCGAAGAAGCAGAUUCCGCAAAGAAGGACGAAAAAACAGAAAAAGCGAAGGAUAGUACGUCAGGUCUCCUCAAAGGUAACUCCCUCUUGGGUUUCUCCUUCACUAAAAGUGACACAAAGGAAAAUGCACCAGGGGCUAACAGUUUGGAAAAGAGCGAUCAGAAUAAAACCUCCACGUCCAACUUCGUGUUUAGUUUUGCCGGGAAAAGCGAAACCAACGAAAAGGGUCAAACGGUCAAACCGAACGAUAAAUCUGAAAAUGUUGAAUCGAAGGAAAAGGGCAAAAAGGAUGAAAAGGAAGAAGCCUCAAAUGAAGAGAAAAACACAGUACCCAGUUCAAAGGAAACCCCACCCAGUCAACAGAAAGCGGGUGAAGUAAAUUUAAACCUAAAGGAUAAACCUAUCGAGAGUGACAAAAAAAGUGAACAGAAAGAGGACAAGAAACAGUCAGCCGAUGAAGAACAGAAGGGGAAAGAACCCUCCAGUGCCCCUAAACCCUCCAUUUUCAAUUUUAACCUUUCACUCAGCCCCGGAUCGACCGAAUCGAAGGAACACAAGGACAAAACAGAUGAGGAAAGUAAAUCCGAGGUUAAGAAAGCUCCAGAUAGUGAUGCUGCAGCCAUGGGCGCAACUGACAAAACGACCGAAUCAAAAACGGAUGAUAAGAAAAAAUUCUGGUCCUUUUCCUUUACCAAGAAAAAGGAAACGAAGGACCAGACGGAGUCGAAUGACGUCGGGGAAAAGAGCAAAUCGGGUGAGUUCAAAUUUGGUGAGUUCCCCAAAGCAGGUGACCCCAACAAGCCAUCCAGUUUUGGCCUAGGGCAAAGCUCCCUUUUUGGCGAUAUGAACAAGAAAAAUGAACUCAAAAAUGAAGACCCUCAAAAGGGGGGCACCAUGUCCUUCUCAAAUUCUUCAUCCCUUUUUGGAAAGGCCUUCCAACCAGAGUCUGGCAAAGGUGGGUUCUUCUCCGGAGGGGCGGAAAAGAACAAUACCUUUAGCAGUGGCAAUGCCUUCUUCUCGACAAAGGAAAACUCGUCCAUAUUUGCAUCCUCCUUCGGGAGCGCAAAAAACGAAACGCAAAACAAAUCCCAACUGUUUUCGCAAAAAGAAGAUGAAGACGUGGACAAAGUGGGCAAUAUGAUAAAUUUCAUUUCGCUAGAAAAUCGAAAAAAAAAUGUGUACUUAAGUAACAAUUUACAGCAUGAGGAGAAAAAUACAGAAAAGCAACAAGUUGAACAGAGUGAAAAUAUAAAUCAGAUCAAUGAAAACAAAACGAUAGAUAACCAGCAGCAAUAUUCGUUUAAUUUCCAACUAAAGGAAACGAAGGGGACCCUUCGAAAUAAUGAAAAUACCAAAGAAAUGAAUUUUGAAGAUUUUCCAUUUUUAUCUGAACAAAAUGCCAAAAUGCAAAUGCAAAAGCUACAAAUGGAGCAACAAAAACAGCUAGAGAAAGACAGAAAGAACGUCGAAAAAAAUAUAAGACAAAGUGAGUCUUACUUUAAGAAGGACCUGGACAAAGAAAUGAUAAUUGACGUCAUCAGUAACCUCUCCUCUUUUGUUAAAAAUAAAAUCAAUUUUAUGAAUUAUUGUUCAAAUGAAAUUUUGGACAUAUAUAACAAAGUAGCUCAUUACGAUAAAAUGUAUUCACUUAUAUUGGAGGACCAAAUAAAAAUUGAGAAAAAACAAGAAUCGCUAGAAAAAAGACUCAGACUUAUAGAGAGUGAACAGUGCGAUAUGCUGUCCCUCCUUAACGAAUUAGAUAAUGAAAAUUCUCAAGGGUUUUUAAAAAUCCUGAAUGAAAAAAAUGUAAACAAAGACGAGAUUAUUAAUAAUAAAAACCUCCAUCUGGAUAUCGAAAAUUUUGAAAAGCUGGUCGACAAAAUGACCGGUUUGGAGGAAUUAAUGAAUUCCCUCCACACCAUGGGAAAGGACGAUUUUGUGAAUGACGUUAUUAACAAAUGCUAUGUCAACGAUUUGAAUUGUGAAGCCAUUGAAAAGCAGCUGAACGGUGCGUCCGCCGAGUUGAGAAAUAUGAAAUGA